ACACAGGUGCAUUGUAGAGAGAGAGUGAGAGUGAGAGACGCAGGAGGCUAAAAAGGGAGUAAGAACUGGAAUAACUGAUGACAGGAAGAGGAAAAGGACUGACACGUGUGACAGAAUAGCAUGUGGACUGGACAGGAACCUGGAUCACAGACAAGGAUAUAUUCUAACUGUUUCAUUUAAAAGGAAGUACCUGUGACAGACAACUAACCAGAAAGAAAAAGGAUGUGUACGUGUUGUUUCUUUUCCUGCAGGCCACAAAGUGGGUCAACACCUGAGAGGAGCAGCAAGGACUGAGGCAGUUUUGUCCUGCUGAGAGAGCUCAUGAGAGGGGGAGAGUGAAACUGAAUUGCUGGAGAAACAAGACACAGAGAACGCAGGAUUAUAAAGACUUGUUUGAAACAGGCCCAUUUGAGGCUUCCAGAUUGCUGUUUGUGUGCCUUACAAUUAAUUUUUAACUUACUGGUGUGAUAAAUGGAUUAUCAUUAACCAAUGAACAGCAACAAACUUAAAACUGGUUUUACAGGCUACACGUGGAAUAAUGUAACUAAACUAAACGGUGGAGUAACAUUUUUUUGGGUGACACUUUUUAACAGAAAUUGAUAACGAUAACCCAUCACCUCUUCACCUUCCAAGUGGUCUACAGUAUUGGAGCGAGCACAUCCACAGUUAAAUACUCUACUGUACUUCCACAAUGGAGACCCCAGGACCUGAACAUGAUGAGUCCUUUGACUUCCUGUUUAAAAUCAUCCUGAUUGGAGACUCUAAUGUAGGGAAGACCUGCUUGGUUCAGAAUUUUAAGUCUGGGAUCUUCUCAGAGAGACAGCAGAACACCAUCGGAGUGGAUUUCACCGUACGGACCGUGGAUAUCGAGGGGAAGAAAGUUAAGAUGCAGGUGUGGGACACGGCUGGUCAAGAGAGGUUUCGGACGAUCACUCAGAGCUACUACCGCAGCGCACACGGCGCCAUCAUCGCCUAUGACAUCACUCGACAGGGGACCUUUGACUCUGUGACUCACUGGAUCAAAGAGGUGGAGAUCUAUGGAGCAAACAAUGUGGUGCUGGUUCUCAUAGGUAACAAAUGUGACCUGGAGAAGGAAAGGCAGGUUCAGUUUGAGCAAGCCUGCAAUCUGUCAAAGGAGAAAGAAAUCCUAGCUGCUCUGGAAACAUCAGCCAAGGAGAGUCAGAAUGUGGAAGAAGCGUUUAUCAUGAUGGCCAGAGAGCUGCUGUCUCGUAACGGCCUCAAUGUCCAGCAGGAGGACUCGGAGAGGAACAACACGCCUCGAGUCCUCCUCCGGUCCAACUCUAGGCCGAUAAAUGGUCUCAUGACUGCUCACACUCCACCAGAGAAGAAGACAUGUUGCUGAUCACAACAUGGAGAGGACAGGGAAGUGGGCAAGGACACUUAUGGAGAGAGAAGAACAGAUGCAUUGAUGGAAUAAGGCUGGCCUCAAGAACCCUUGGAUUCAAGACGUUUUUAAUAACUAUGGACACAUUAUUUCUGCUUACUUUUUUGUAGCUUACCUAGGCAUACAUUAUUGUUCAGCUGAUGCCACAGGAAAAUAGUUGGCAUGUUAAGCAAUGGGGAAUUAAGCAACAGCGGGUAAAGUUACAGCAAGCCAAUCUUAUUUAUAUCAGCUACUUGGAUUGUUUCAUUGUUAUUCUAAUGAUUUUAAAGGUUGCACGAACAAUAUUGAUGCAGAUAUCAACAAACAAACUAUUCCAAGCAUCAUAAAAAUCUGGGAUAGACUAUAACAUGUAAUAACUGCAUAUAUGACUCUUGAGUAUUUCACCCAAGUGACCUCUUGUGGUGCCGGUAUGACGAGAUGUGAUCCUCUACUGCUGCUGAGCUCCAGACGAAAACGUCCUGGAGAAGCUGCUGCGAGCCAAAAGACUGUGAAUUAUCAAUAUGUGUGACAUCAUGAUGUACAUUACAUUGUCAUGGAUUAAUAUAAAAGGCUGUGAAUGUC